AUGGCGAAGCGAACAGCUGAGGACCAGAUAACCCGAGAAACAUAUGGCACCGGAGAGGCCGAUGAUGAGUCUUUUUCAGGACCUUCAAAAGCAUCGUCUGCAGUUAUGAGUAGGCGAAAGAUCUUGAAACCUCGAGGUCAUCGCGGCACUAGUGACAUUUCAACCAAUACAGCGACCACGCCAUCAUUUUCAACAUUCAAAAAUGAGACAAUUCCAAGUACUGGCUUCACUUUUGGUAGCAACUUUGCAUCGAAGAAUACGACUAACGGUGAAAGUGAUAAGAACGAGCGUAUACGUGCCCUCAAUGAACAAUUCAUCGCUGCUAUAAAGAAGGCAGAAGCCCCCGGUACUAUUGCGGACCUCACUGGUGUUGCUAGUAAGUACAUCAAUUACUACAAAGACAUCACUGGGGGCCCUAAACCUCAAGUGUCAAGUACACCCUUUGGUAUUGCUAGCACCAAAACUGAAGGUUCGCAAGAACCUGAAGGAAUGGAAAUCUCUGGAGAUGAUACCAAAGGUAAAAAUGAAAACAAAUCCUCUGACUCUGACUCUGAACAAGACGAAAUUAAGAUUGAGGGACCAAAAUUCACCUUCGAGGCUAAGCCAGCCAAGAAUCUGCCUUUUUCAUUCGAUCCCAAGCCAGCCAAAAAGAAGGACGAUUCGGAUUCUGAGUCUGAGGUCGAGAUCAAGGGUCCUGUUUUUAGCUUCAAUAAGCCUAUAAAGGACAGUGUUUUUAAGAUUGAGCCUCCCAAGCAAACUGAGCUGGCAGGAAAACCAAGGGACACUCAGUCAAGUACAGAUCUGAGUACAAAUGCUAAACCGGCUUUCAGUUUUACAGCCCCUUCUGAGUCAAAACCCGUUCAGACCACCUCUGCUUUCGGUGGUGGUGCAUCAAACAAGCCAGCUUUCUCGUUUGGUUCAAGUUCUGCAGCUCCUCAGACUACAAAAGUAGACCAAGCGCCAUCUUUUUCAUUCUCGGCAGGCAAAGAUAGUACCACCAAUAAGCCUGUUUUCGGGUUUGGAACGCAAUCCUCGACUGUUGGACAGACACUGCCUUUUACAUUCAAUUCAAACCAGAGCUCUGUCAAGAUUUCAGGGAAAUCUGAUCCACAAGAGUCUUCAAAUAGUGACAAACCUUCGUUCAAUUUCAGUGGCACCCUGCAGAGCUCUGAAACUCCACUGGUCUUCGGAACCGGCUCUUCCAGUAUAAACUCCGCUGUUCAAAGUGGUGAAAAGACAAACACGACUUCUACUGCAACAAACAAUGAAUCAAAGGCAACCCCCUCGUUUGGUUUUGGUAUUACGCUGACAUCCAGUGAUGAGCCUAAUAAGUUCACGAGUAGUAGUAAUACCCCGCCACUGUUUAAUUUUUCUGGAGUAAAAGGUUCCCUGGAUGCAGCAACAACAGAGACAAAACCUGCCUUUACCUUUGGUGCUUUAAAUUCUGCACCAUCAAAGCCGUUUACUUUUGGAAGCAACUCCGCUGCUGCCCAGACGCCUGCUUUUUCGUUUGGGUCAAAUAAUGUGUCGAAUUCUUUUGGUUCUUCCAACCCAAAUGGUCUCAACAAGGCCGCUGAUGACAAGAAAGAGGAGGAGGUUGUUGAGGAGGAAGUUGGUGGUAAUUUUAAACCAAUUGCCCAACUUUCCAAUACGGAGGUAGAGGUUUCUACCGGUGAAGAAGACGAGGAAGUGCUCUUUACAAAGCGUGCGAAACUAAUGAGAUUUGAUCCCAACAACAAGGAACAGCCCUACGCAAGCAAAGGUUUGGGUGAUGUUCGUAUAUUGAAAUCGAAAUUAGGAAAGACCAGAAUCUUAAUGCGGUCCGAGGGAAGCUCUCGUGUCUUGCUUAAUACCUUGGUAUCCAAAACUAUGACAUAUACGACAAUGGGUAAUGGGUCGAUGGUAAGAGUUCCAGUACUUAACAACGAGACAAAAGCUAUUGAGACCUAUGUCCUCAAGCUUAAGUUGGCAACCGAUGGUGAGAGCUUGCUGAAACUUUUGGAAGAGGUAAAACUGUAA